CAACGUAUUCGCUAAAUACUAUGAAUCGCUAUACAACCUCCGAAAUGACAAAAACACACCCCAGCCUCAAAAACCCAACAUAACCAGGUUCCUAGAUAAAAUCAAUGUACCCAAACUCACCCCCACCCAACAGACCAGCCUAUCGGCCCCUAUCACCGAGACGGAGGUGUUGAAGGCAGAGAAAGCCCCGGGCCCGGACGGUUUGCCAACUGCUAUUAUAAACAAUUCCAACAAGCCCUGGCCCCACACACCACAAACGUGUUCAACGAAGCUGUACACAG